AUACGCUUCUAUAUAAAGGGCUCGCUCAUCGAUACAGAGAACACAGACAGGAGAGACACAAGCAGAGAGAGAAAGAGAAGACGGACGUUAUAACGAUGGCUAACGAAGGCGUUAACGGCGAUUGCCACGAUUUGAAGUCGCUUCUGUCCGCCGAGGACAGGGACUAUCUUGUACGGAACAACGGCGACCAGGUGAAAAUUGCCAAUUUGGUUGGGAAGACUGUCGGCCUCUAUUUCUCAGCCUCAUGGUGUGGACCAUGCCGGCGAUUCACCCCGACUUUUGCCGAGGUAUAUGGGGAGCUUGCUGCAAAAGGUGAUUUUGAAGUCAUCUUCGUCUCGGGCGACGAAGAUGAGGAAUCAUUCAAUGAGUACUUCUCCAAAAUGCCAUGGCUUGCCAUCCCAUUUGCGGAUUCGGCCACCCGUGACCAGCUGAAUGAGUUGUUCCAUGUGAAUGGGAUCCCCCACCUUGUGAUUCUCGAUGGAAAGGGGAAGGUCGCGACUGAGAAUGGUGUUUCGGUCAUCAGGGAGUACGGAGCAGGCGGGUAUCCCUUUACGGAGGAGAGGAUCAAAGAUCUGAAAGAGGAAGCAGAGGCCGAGAAGAGAAAUCAGACGUUAAGAUCUAUCCUGGUUUCUCACUCCCGCAACUAUGUGAUUUCAAAUGAUGGAAAGAAGGUCCCAGUCUCUGAUCUUGAAGGCAAGUUGGUGGGCCUCUAUUUCUCGCUGAGCUCUUUCAAAUCAUGCCGCGAAUUCACUCCAAAUCUCGUCGAAAUCUAUGGGAAGCUGAAGGAGAGAGGAGAUAAUUUUGAGGUUGUGCUGAUCUCUCUCGACGAUGAAGAGCAAUCCUUCAAAGAAGGCUUUGAGAGCAUGCCAUGGCUUGCAUUGCCAUUCAUGGACAAGACCCGUGAUAAGCUGAUUCGCUACUUCGAACUCCAGACACUUCCGACAUUGGUCAUAAUCGGGAAGGAUGGAAAGACACUUAAUUCCAACGUUGCUGAGAUUGUCGAGGAGCAUGGAAUUCAGGCAUACCCGUUUACACCAGAGAGGCUGGCCGAGCUUGCGGAGAUGGAGAAGGCCAGGCUCGAAUCGCAGACGUUGGAAUCGCUUCUUGUGUGUGGAGAGCGGGAUUUUGUUAUAGGCAAAGGCGGCGUCAAGUUUCCGGUGGCCGACCUUGUCGGGAAAAACAUCCUCUUAUACUUCUCGGCGCAGUGGUGCCCGCCCUGCCGCGCUUUCUUACCAAAGCUGAUCAAGGCCUACCAUGAGAUCAAGGCCAGGGACAGCGCCUUUGAAGUGAUCUUCAUCUCAAGUGAUAGUGACCAAGCCUCCUUCGAUGACUUCUUCUUGGAAAUGCCGUGGCUGGCGCUCCCCUUCGGGGAUGAGAGGAAGAAGUCCUUGAACCGUACGUUCAAGAUAUAUGGAAUUCCAUCACUCGUCGCGAUUGGGCCCACUGGCAAGACGAUCACCAAGGAAGCCAGGGACCUUAUUUCGAUCCACGGCCCCCAGGCGUAUCCAUUCACGGAGGAGCAUCUCAAGGCGAUGGAGGCCCAGAUUGAGGAGCUGGCAAAGGGGUGGCCGGAGAAGGUGUCCCAUCCUCUCCAUGCAGAGCAUGAACUUGUGCUUACCCGUCGUAAUGUGUACAUAUGCGACGUUUGUGAGGAGGAGGGGUUGAAGUGGUCAUACUACUGUGAAGAAUGUGACUUUGAUCUCCACCCCAAGUGCACCUUGGAGGAAAGCAAGAAGGAAGAUGAUGACGUGGUGGACCAUGGUGAGAAUGGCCAUGAUGGUGAUGAUGGGCGUGAAGAACCUUCUGAGGAUGGAUGGAUAUGUGAUGGGGAGGUUUGCCAUAAGGCUGAUGAGGACGAGGACGAGCUUCGGCUCGGAUAUCCCUCUUCUGAUGAGGAUGAGGAUGAGGACGAGGACGAGUCUCGGCUCGAAUAUCCCUCUUCUGAUGAAGAUGAGGAUGAGGACGAGCCUCGGCUUGGAUGCACGCGGCCGUGCAAAGGUCAAACCAGUGACCUGCAGCCACGUGUGCUCGCGAAGUCAGCUCGUGAUGGUUCGGCGGCAACCAUUACCCCUGCCAUUAAUGCAGAGAUUCUCCUCGAGCUCUAUAAUCCCCAGCGUUUUCAGAAACACUCCUUACUUCAGCAUUUUGAGUUUGUGUUCCUUGAGGAGGCGAUUUCCAGCGAAGGCGAUUCCGACCGAUUUAAAGUUUUCGGUGAAGCGAUUCCGACCGAUCAGGAGCUUUUAUGUCUGUCUGAGAUUUUCUUUAUCCUUGUAGAUCUCCCAAGGGGCAUGCCACUCCUCGAUUCGGACCAGAAGAAUCGCAUUGCCAAGGCUAAGGCGCGAUUGGUGGAGCUCUGCUCCUGGUCAGACCUGAUCAUUGCCGCCAACCUUCACUGUCGAGGCAUCUGGUUCGUGAAGGAGGAAAGCCGCUGGACGGCAGAGGAGAUGUUGAGGGCUGAGUCUCGGACGAAGACCACCGUUCGGAGGAGGCAGGCCGCUCCUUGGGGGGAGGGCCCCUCGGGUUCGGUUUCUGUAACUGCAGCUCCACCUGUCGCUCCAAUUUUCACUAUCGCAGCUCCUGUUGUGGUGCCUGUCAAGACCCGAGUUUCAGCAAUCAUUGUUCCAACUCCAGCAAUUAUAACUCCUUACCCAACAACCAUAACUCCUUCCCUUCCACCUACCGCUGCUCCCCCUAUCGUGGAGGCCCCUCCUCCAGCCCCCGAGCCUUGUAUCACCAUACCCUCUUCUUCCGAACGGGAUGAGGCCGUCCGGAUGGUUGAUGACAUGCUUUCUCCUCCUGACGACAGGAAUGAUUUCAGAGCCGAGACUCAAGGCUCGGCAGGCAGCCGAACUGGGGCUGGGGAAGAAGUGGGCUCGGCCCAAGUGGGGGACGAGCGGUGGGAGUCCAUCCUGAAGAUUCUUUUAACUCGGGAGAGGCUAUGGGAGCUGGAAAAGAGAGAUUCAGAGGUGGACGUCCUCGAGACUGAAGCAGGGAUCUUGCAGGACGAAGCCACUUUUCUCCGAUUGGAGCAGGAGAUUACCCGACUAGGCGAAGUCUUGGAUCAGACUAGAACCGAGGUGGCAGAAGAAUGGAUCCGAGCUGUCUCCCAAGCAAUGGAAGCUCAGCGGGUCGAAGAUGAGGCCUCCCUGGCUGGAGCAGUGGUUGCUGCAGUAGACGUCUUCAAGAUUUCAAAGGAAAUGGACGCCGAAGCCACCAAGUUUUACAAUUGUGGCUUCGAUGCUUGUAUUGAGGCGGUCCAAGAUUUGUACCCAGACUUCAACCUCGGACCUUUGUUGCAUAAAGACACCGGAGAGGUACCAGCUGAAGAUGUCCGACCGGAUCAAGCCCCCGACUCCCCAAGCUCCUCCGACAACAUAAAACUCUACUUAACAUCGAUAAAAGGCCUACUCUCUCCCGUAGCUCUUCAAACAAAGGCUCGCUUAUCGAGAGAGAGAUCGAGAGAGAUAGAGAGAGGGAUGACGGACGUUAUAACGACGGUUAACGGCGAUUGCCACGACUUGAAGUCGCUUCUGUCCGCCGAGGACAGGGACUUUCUUGUCCGGAACAACGGCGACCAGGUGAAAAUUGCCAAUUUAGAUGGGAAGACUGUUGGCCUCUAUUUCUCAGCCUCAUGGUGUGGACCAUGCCGGCGGUUCACCCCGACUUUUGCCGAGGUGUAUGAGGAGCUUGCUGCAAAAGGUGAUUUUGAAGCUGUCUUUGUCUCGAGGGACAGAGACGAGGAAUCAUUCAAUGAGUACUUCUCCAAAAUGCCAUGGCCCGCCAUCCCAUUUUCUGAUUCGGCCACCCGCGAUCAACUGAAAGAUUUGUUUAAGGUGAAUGGGAUCCCCCACCUUGCAAUUCUCGAUGGGAAGGGGAAGGUCCUGACCAAGAACGGCGUUUCGAUCAUCAGAGAGUAUGAAGCGGACGGGUAUCCCUUUACUGAGGAGAGGAUCAAAGAGCUGAAAGAAGAAGAGGAGGCCAAGAAGAAAAAUCAGACUUUGAGAUCUAUCCUGGUUUCCCACUCCCGCGACUUUUUGAUUUCAAAUGAUGGAAACAAGGUCCCAGUCUCUGAUCUUGAAGGAAAGUUGGUGGGCCUCUAUUUCUCAUUGAACUCUCACAAAUCAUGCCGUGAAUUCACUUCCAAUCUCGUGGAAAUCUACGGAAAGCUGAAGGAGAGAGGAGAGAAUUUUGAAGUCGUGAUGAUCUCUCUUGACGACGAAGAGCAAUCCUUCAAAGAAGGCUUCCAGAGCAUGCCAUGGCUCGCGUUGCCCUUCAAGGAUAAGAGCUGUGAUAAGCUGAUUCGGUACUUCGAGCUCCGGAAACUUCCUACAUUGGUCAUAAUCGGGACGGACGGAAAGACACUCAAUCCCAAUGUCGUCGAGGUUGUCGAGGAGCAUGGAAUUCAGGCAUUCCCAUUUACAGCGGAGAAGAUGGCGGAGUUUGCAGAGAUAGAGAAGGCCAGGCUCGAAUUACAGACGUUGGAAUCAAUUCUCGUGUCUGGAGAUCGAGAUUUUGUUAUUGGGAAAGACGAUGUCAAGGUUCCGGUGGCCGACCUUGUUGGGAAACACAUCCUCUUAUACUUCUCGGCGCAGUGGUGCCCGCCUUGCCGCAGUUUCUUACCGAAGCUGAUCAAGGCCUACCAUGAGAUCAAGGCCAAGGACGAUGCCUUUGAAGUGAUCUUCAUCUCAAGUGAUAAGGACCAAGCCUCCUUCGACAGAUUCUUCUUGGAAAUGCCAUGGUUGGCGCUCUCCUUCGGUGAUGAGAGGAAGAAGUCCUUGGACCGCACAUUCAAGAUAGACGGAAUCCCAUCACUCAUUGCGAUCGGGCCCACUGGCAAGACGAUCACAAAGGAAGCCAGGGACCUUAUUACAAUCCACGGACCGGAGGCGUAUCCGUUCACAGAGGAGCAUCUCAAGGCGAUGGAGGCCCGAAUUGAGGAGAUGGCGAAGGGGUGGCCGGAGAAGGUGUCCCACCCUCUCCAUGUGGAGCAUGAGCUUGCUCUAACUCGUCGUCGGGGGUACAUGUGCGACGGUUGUGGGGAGGAGGGGUGGAAGUGGUCAUACUACUGUAAAGAUUGUGACUUUGAUCUCCACCCCAAGUGCACCUUGGAUGAAAACAAGAAGGAAGAUGGUGAUGAUGGAGAUGAAAAACCAUCUAAGGAUGGAUGGGCAUGUGAUGGGGAGGUUUGCAAGAAAGCUUGAGGUGUUGUCUCUCUUCUGUUGAACUAUGCUAGUAUGGAUGAGUGGAUUGUAUCUUCUUGUGCUGUGUGGUUUUCCAACUGCAUUUUGCAGGAGCUUUCAAUAAAAUAAUGUUUUGGUCA